GUCACACUCGAAUUUGGCUGAUGCAAUCGUGGUAAAAGGCGUAAAUUCUCGCGUAAAACACCCGUGAACGGUGCAAAUAGUUGUAUUUAGUGAAAUUGAAGAAGGGACAAGUGUGAAAAUGGCUGAGGAAGACUCGAUAUUCGACACGUUCAUGCAGAAGAAGAAGAAAAAGAAGAAGACCACGUUCGACUUGGAAGCCGCUCUGGCCGGCGAUGGCUCAGAAUCCGCCUCGGGAGCGACGACAGACACACCAAACGCCACGACUCAGGCAGACGAGGGCGACGCUGGUGAUGAUCAGGGAGGCGUGAAAGCCGCGCCAGCAGGACAGGAAUCCUGGCAGCAAUUCUCCGGUCAGGACGAUGGCGCGGAGCAGGAGGAGGACUUCGAUCUGGACAUGGAUUUCUCCAUGAAGAAGAAGAAGAAAAAGACGAAGAAAAAGCUGGACGAUCUCAUGGUGGAGGAGGACGAGCGCGCGGAUGAUAAAGAAAAUGGUAAGAAAGGAGGAGGAGAGUUUGGUGGGUGGAUUAAGCACAAUUCAAUUGCCUUUACAUGCCUUACCGAUCUGGACGGGAGCAUCUCUGAGAGUGUUGAGGACGCCAACUCCUCGUGGGCCGGCUCUGAUCGCGACUACACGUACGACGAGCUGCUGAAGCGGGUGUUCGAGAUCAUUCUGGACAAGAAUCCCGAGAUGGCGGCCGGGCGCAAGCCCAAGUUCGUGAUGCGGCCGCCGCAGGUGCUGCGCGUGGGCACGAAGAAGACCAGCUUCGCCAACUUCAUGGAGAUCUGCAAGGUGCUGCACAGGCUGCCCAAGCACUUGCUGGACUACCUGCUGUCCGAGUUGGGCACGAGCGGCUCCGUGGACGGCAACAAUCAGCUGAUCAUCAAGGGGCGCUUCCAGCCGAAGCAAAUCGAGAAUGUGCUGCGUCGCUACAUCAAGGAGUACGUCACCUGUCACACCUGCAAGUCCCCCGACACCAUCCUGCAGAAGGACACGCGCCUCUUCUUCCUGCAGUGCGAAUCCUGCGGCUCGCGCUGCUCCGUCGCCAGCAUAAAGUCCGGCUUCCAGGCCGUCACCAGCAAGAGAGCGGCGAUCCGCGCCAAGACAGCAUAGACACCUUCUUGUCCUGCCCAAAAAAACAAUCUCCGAAAGACUUUCCGGCGGCAGUUUGGCGCUGUUUGACACACUCAAGAGAUAUAAUUAAAAUUGUGGGUGUUGCAGUGGCACACAAAA